UCCAUCAUUCGAAAUCAAUCCCAUAAACAUUCUUGGAUUAUACAAUAACAAUGGAAACUUCAAUUUCAUUCAUUUACCAGAUGGCGAUUUUUCUUUUAGCUCUAGCUACAAUUAGUAUCGAUGUCGUUUUACAAGUUGAGGCUCGAGCAUUGUUUGUUUUUGGGGAUUCACUUGUUGACAGUGGCAACAAUAACUAUCUUGCAACCAUUGCUCGUGCUGAUUCGUCUCCUUAUGGAAUUGAUUAUCCAAGUCAUCGUCCAACCGGUCGUUUCUCUAAUGGCCUUAAUAUUCCCGACAUUAUCAGUAAGCGAAUCGGAUCGGAACCUCCGUUACCGUACCUGAGCCCGGAACUAACUGGACAAAAGUUGUUAAAUGGUGCUAAUUUUGCUUCAGCUGGAAUUGGAAUCCUGAAUGACACUGGAGUUCAAUUUCUAGACGUUAUUAGAAUGUUUAGACAGCUUCACUACUUUGAAGAAUAUAAGCGGCGAGUUUGUGCUCUUAUCGGAUCUGAUCAGACUAUAAAGCUUGUUAAAGGAGCGCUUGUUCUUAUCACUGUGGGUGGCAAUGAUUUUGUGAAUAACUAUUACUUGGUUCCUUUAUCUGCUAGGUCUCGCCAAUAUCCUUUGCCAGAUUAUGUCAAGUUUCUUAUUUCAGAGUACAAAAAAUUAUUAAUGGAGCUAUAUAAAUUAGGAGCACGGAGAGUUGUUGUGACAGGAACUGGACCGCUAGGCUGUGUUCCGGCAGAACUAGCUAUCCGGGGCGGAAAAAAUUGCAGCUGCUCACCUGAGCUUCAGAGAGCUGCUUCCUUGUAUAAUCCGCAACUAGUUCAAAUGCUGAAAGGACUAAACAAAAAAAUAGGCAAAGAUGUUUUUAUUGGUGCAAAUACACAACAAAUGCAUAUGGAUUUCAUCAACAAUCCCCAAGCAUAUGGAUUUGUUACUUCAAAAGUUGCCUGUUGUGGACAAGGACCAUAUAACGGACUUGGACUAUGUACAGUAGCAUCAAACUUGUGUCCAGACAGAGACUUGUAUGCAUUUUGGGAUCCAUUUCAUCCGUCUGAGAAGGCAAAUAGGAUAAUCGUUGAACAAAUAUUCUCUGGCUCCACUAAUUACAUGAGUCCUAUGAAUCUUAGCACCGUCAUGGCCUUGGAUUCCAGGACAUGAUCCAUCCAUCGAUCAAUCAAUUCCAUACAAGAAUUCGAGUUUUACUAAUAAUUGUGGGUUAUACAAAUUGUGUGUAAAAACCUUGUUCCAUCAAUCAACUUGUUUUAAGAUUGGUUAAAUCAAUUCUAAGUCUACUCAUUAAACUUGACCAA